UCCACCACCGCUUUCUCCACCGUCCCAGGGGAAAAAGAUCUCAGCUCACCACCAGCACCCAGGUGGGCAGAUGGGAAGAAGAACAUGAUGAACCAGAAGUAGCAGCCCUGAGACAGCAGCAGCUGCAGGAGAUGAUGGAGAUGUGAAAAGAUUCAGGAGGCAUGCGGUGCUCAUUCUUGUCAUCAGAGCUUCUCCCACUCUUUUCUCUCUCUUUUUGAUCCUGCUCUGCCGAAAAAAGCUCUCUUCAGAACCAUGAUCAGAUAUCUCUGAACCUUAAGCUGGUGAAAGAGAGAGAGAGAGAGAGAGAGAGAGAGAGAGAGAGAGGUGUUGAUGGAGGAGACCCUCAAGGCCCUCUCCUUGGACUACCUCAACCUCCUCAUCAAUGGCCAGGCCUUCAGCGACGUCACCUUCAGCGUGGAGGGCCGGCUGGUACACGCACACCGCUGCAUCCUCGCAGCCCGCAGCCUGUUCUUCCGCAGGUUCUUCUGCGGCACGGACCCCCCGUCGCCGGGGCUGCUGUCGUCGCCCAGGGGGGGCGCCGCGUCCCCCGGGGCCGCCGGAGGCGCCGUCAUCCCCGUGAAUUCGGUCAGCUACGAGGUGUUCCUGCUGAUGCUGCAGUUCCUCUACAGCGGGCAGGUCUCCGUCGUGCCGCAGAAGCACGAGCCCCGCCCCAGUUGCGGCGAGCGCGGAUGCUGGCACACCCACUGCACCGCCGCCGUCGACCUAGCCCUCGACACCCUCACCGCCGCCCGCUCCUUUGGCGUCAAGCAGCUCGAGCAGAUCACCGAGCAAUUGGCCAGCAUGGCCGAGAAGGCGUCGAUCGAAGACGUGAUGAAGGUGCUGAUGGCGUCACGGCAGCAAGACAUGCAGCAGCUCUGGACCACCUGCUCCCACCUCGUGGCCAAGUCGGGCCUCCCAGCGGAGGUGCUCGCGAAGCACCUCCCCAUCGACGUUGUCGCCAGGAUCGAGGAGCUGCGCCUCAAGUCCUCCCUCGCCCGUCGGUCCUCCUUCGUAGCCCACCACCACCAGAUCGACGUUUCCGGCUCCUCUGCGGACCUCGAGGACCACCACCACAAGAUCCGCCGCAUGCGCCGCGCGCUCGACUCCUCUGACGUCGAGCUCGUGAAGCUGAUGGUCAUGGGGGAGGGGCUGAACCUCGAUGACGCGCUCGCCCUCCACUACGCCGUCGAGAACUGUAGCCGGGAGGUCGUCAAGGCUCUUCUGGAACUCGGCGCGGCCGAUGUCAAUUCCCCGGCCGGUCCCACCGGGAAGACGCCACUCCACAUCGCGGCCGAAAUGGUGUGCCCCGAUAUGGUCGCCGUCCUCCUCGACCACCACGCUGACCCCAACGUUCGCACCGUCGACGGCGUCACACCGCUCGACAUACUCCGCACCCUCACCUCCGACUUCCUCUUCAAGGGCGCGGUACCGGGCCUGUCGCACAUCGAGCCCAACAAGCUCCGGCUAUGUCUCGAGCUAGUCCAGUCCGCCGCACUGGUCAUCUCCCGGGAGGAGGCUAAUUGUGGCGGCGGUACUGGUGGUGCUGGAAGCAACCCGACCACGGCCAUCUAUCCCCGAAUGAAUCCAGGAACAAGCGCUUGUGAUGCAAGCAGCUCCACCUCUGGGAUGGUCAACCUUAGCUUGGACUCAAGAAUGGUAUAUCUGAACCUUGGUAUGGCGGCACAAUUUGGAGGCAAGAUGAACGAUGGAGGGGGAGACGGAAGCAGCAGCAGUAGAUCCCAAGGUGGGGGUGGUGGAAUCGGCCCAUCCUCCAUGUACCCUGCUCAUGGCUUCCCAUGACUACAACUGUGUAAGAUCUGAAGGACCAUAUCUACUUCCUUUGCUUACCAAUCUAUAUCACAUUAGUCACAUCAUUCUAUGUUCGAUGUAACACCCAAUGCAAGCCCAGAGAGAGAGAGAGAGAGAGUCACGAACUCAGAGGGAAUGGUAUUCGACAGAGUUUGUUCUUGGAGGAAUAGGGAGAAUGGACAUGUGCAGCUGCACCCAGACAUAGAACUCAAAGAGCUUUCCAUGAUUUUAAAUGUAUUUUUGGGUUUGCUUGGAUUCUUGUAAA